AUGGUCCAUGCACCCUCACAUCUUCAAGCAGAAAAGGAUGGGGCUAAGAUCACGACCGUAGUCGCGACCACACCCGGCGGCGAUAGCAAGGAAGUCCAAUACACAGAGCCUAAUGUCGUGGGAAAUGGCUCGUUCGGUGUGGUGUUCCAAGCUCGCCUAGUCAAAACAAACGAAACCGUAGCUAUCAAGAAAGUACUACAGGACAAGCGCUUCAAG